AUGGCCACUGGCGCUCUGCUUUAUGGCAAUCUGAUGACACCGAGUAUGAAUGCAAGGUCGCCAGCAGCUUGCAGAGCGAGCAAGAACUUGUACCAAGUGCUGGCGCUCGAGCCGGAGAACGUUGACGGGGUCGAGGCGGUCAAGAGAGCCUACCGGAGUAUGGCGCGGCGCCACCACCCGGACGUGUGCCCGCUGACGGGGAAGGAGGAGGCGACGAGACUGUUCAUUGAGAUCAAGAAGGCGUACGACGUGCUGUCCAACCCCGUGCUGCGGGAGAAGUACGACCACCAGUUGGGGCUGAUGGAUCUUGCGGCGGAUAGGGAGCAAGAGAAGAGGAGAGUGCUGUUUCCGAGGGAGGUGUGGAUGGAGCAGGUUCAGGAACUGAAGGGGAGGUCGAGGAGACGAGCGAAGAAGAAGGAGAUGGGUGCUUGUGAAAAAUUCUGA